AAGAAUCUCAGAUUGCGCAUGUCAAACGUUUGGAAGCACGCCGGGUUGAGCAUCAAAUAUAGUUUAUUGUAGUAAAUUUGACAACAAAUACAAUGGCGUCUCUUCCUAUGAACCCUAAGCCAUUUCUUAAUGGAUUGACAGGCAAACCAGUAAUGGUAAAACUAAAGUGGGGUAUGGAAUACAAGGGAUACUUAGUGUCGGUAGAUGGAUACAUGAACUUACAGCUUGCCAACACAGAGGAAUAUAUUGACGGGGCCCAGACAGGGAAUCUAGGAGAAGUUCUCAUUCGCUGCAAUAAUGUACUGUAUAUACGAGGAGUAGAGGAGGAGGACGAGGAGGGGGAGAUGAAGGACUGAUCACUUCUCCACAGUGUGGAAGAGGCAGCAAUCCUCGUUCAUCAUGUUCAUCUCAUCAUGCUCUCAUCUGUCAUUUCACAGACUCGUACAUUUUAUGUUGUUUUUGUAGACCUCUACAAUUAUGUUUUUAUGGAAUCGAAAUAUAAUGAUGUAAAUAUAACGG